CCCGAUCCUAUUCAGUCCAGCACCGCCACCGUCUGAGCUACUGCGCGAGUGCCUCCGUUCCCGCGUUCCGUGUCCGUAUCGUGUUCUGCCCUGGAUACUCUCUGUGUGCUAAUUCGUGAUUACAGCGCCCUGGCCAUCCCUGUGAGGAAGUGAGAUGACGACCUAGCCCUCUUCUGGGCUGCAGUUUCUUUCGCCGCACUCUCACCUAACCGGGAUUCAGAUUGCAGACUCCAGAGGUACUUCAGUGACUCAAGACUCUUCUCGACCGUAGUGAAGAUGGGGUGUGGAGUGACAUGUGUGGACAAUCUGCUGACUCGGAGCUUCUACAAGUUGGGGGUGCAGAUUGGACACACACCAGGCUAUUUCCUUAUAAUACCUGUGCUGCUGACUCUCCUCUGCAUCACCGGAUAUCAGCAGAUCCACUACCAGAUGGACCCGGAGUACCUCUUCAGUCCUGAGAAAGGUCCUGGGAAGAUGGAAAGGCAGAUUGUGGAAACCUACUUUAAAAUGAACUAUACCAGUCGCUUCAACCCUACGAGGAUCACCAGGCCAGGGCGAUUUGGAAGAGUGAUUGUAAUUCCCAAGCAUGGCACUAACAUGUUAUCAGUGGAAGUUUGGAAGGAACUACGAAUUUUGGAUGGCAUCAUCAAGAAUGCAACAAUCAUGUAUGGUGAGGAGAAUACUAAAUACACCUACGAGGAUAUCUGUGCGCGCUGGGUCGACCACUGCUUUGAGAAUGACAUCCUCAAUCUUGACUACAUUAUGGAGGAGGUGGUGAACAAAACAUUGAACUUGACGUUUCCAAUAAUGUUCAACCCAGUCACCUGGGACGCCCACACGUUCCCUGUCUACUUUGGUGGAACGGUGACCAAUGAUGACGGCAUCAUCAUCAGUGUUCCUUCACUCCAACUGGCGUACUUUGUCAAUGCUGACACCAAGAACCAAGAUGCCAGGGGUGCAGUGUGGGAGGAAGCAUUUCUGGCUGCAGUGGGAGCUGCAGAGGACUCCGGGAUGUUCCAGCACAUCUCCACAGCACGCUUUGCCUCACGCACACUAGACAUCGAGUUAGAGAAAAACACGCAAGGAGUUGUCCCCUACUUUGGCUCCACCUUCGUUGUAAUGGCUGUAUUCAGUGUCCUGACCUGUAUGAUGGCCGACUGGGUGAGGUCCAAGCCACUGCUGGGGCUCCUGGGCAACGUAUCAGCUGCCAUGGCAACCAUUGCAGGGUUUGGCCUGGCCAUGUACUGUGGCAUAGACUUCAUCGGCAUCAACCUCGUCUCUCCGCUGCUCAUGUGCAGUAUAGGUAUCGAUGACACGUUCGUGAUGCUGGCCGCGUGGCGACGCACGCCUGUCACCAUGUCAGUACCUGAGCGGAUGGGCCACACCAUGUCCGAUGCUGCCGUCUCUAUCACCAUCACUUCCAUCACGGACAUGGUUAGCCUGUGGAUAGGCAUGCUGAGUCCCUUCCCUUCCAUCCAGAUCUUCUGCCUCUAUUCCAGUUUUGCCGUGGGUUUGAUCUUCGUGUGGCACAUAACCUUCUUUGCAGCCUGUAUGGUGUUGGCUGGUUAUUCCGAGAGCAACAACAGACAUUCUCUUAUGUGCAUUAAGGUCAAGCCGGUGUCUAUGUCAGAUAAGAAGAAUUGUCUGUACCGCCUGUUUUGCUCUGGAGGAAUCAACCCCAAGGAUCCUGACAACCCCAGAGACAAUCCUGAAAACGGGAUGAUGGUUUUCUUCCGGGACUCAGUGGCCUGGUGUGUGAACCAGUGGCCAUUCAAGGUCCUGGUGCUACUGCUGUUUGCAGCUUACCUAGCAGGAGCAGUGUACGGUCUGACCAAUCUACAAGAGGGUCUGCAGCGCCGGAAGCUGUCCCGGGCUGACUCAUACUCCAUUGAGUUCUAUGAUCGUGAGGACUUUUACUUCCGGGAGUUUCCCUACAGGAUGCAGGUCAUCCUCUCUGGAGAGUUAAAUUAUUCCGACCCGCUAAUUCAAGAACAAGUUGAGAACUUGACACAGACAUUCGAAGCAUCUCCUUACAUCUCAACGCCACUUUACACCGAAUCCUGGCUACGCUCAUUCGUCAGCUAUGUACGUCGUAAUCAAGACUACCUCAAUGUGUCCAUCGAUACUGAAGAGAGUUUCAUUAAAACCCUCAAUGAGCUGUGGCUCUUCAAACCAAAUCCAUUCUCGCUGGAUGUCAAAUUCAACCAAGAGGGAACGCGUAUCAUUGCAUCCCGUUUCAUGAUCCAAGCCGUGAACAUCAGUGAUGGGAAUAUGGAGAAGGACAUGGUCCGGGAUCUCCGGAGGAUAUGUCAUGAGAGUCAUCUCAAUGUCAGUGUCUUCCAUCCAUACUUUGUCUUCUUUGAUCAGUUUGAGUUGGUGCGACCCACUUCCAUUCAGAGUAUGAUGGUUGGAGCCACCAUCAUGAUGGUCAUCUCAUACAUCUUUAUACCAAAUUUUCUGUGCUCUCUCUGGGUUGCUCUGUGCAUCAUCUCCAUCGAAUUGGGAGUGGCUGGUUACAUGGCUCUCUGGAAUGUAAACCUCGAUUGCAUCUCCAUGAUAAACCUGAUCAUGUGCAUCGGUUACUCUGUCGAUUUCACUGCUCACAUCUGCUACGCCUACAUGUCAUCUAAACAAGAGAAAGUGGAAGACAGAGUCAAAGAAUGUCUGUAUUCCCUCGGACUACCCAUAUUCCAAGGGUCUGUCAGUACAAUUCUUGGUGUGGCCGCUCUAAUAUUUGCUCAGAGUUAUAUAUUUUUAGUCUUCUUCAAAAUGAUUUUCCUAGUCAUUUUCUUUGGCGCUCUCCAUGGAAUGUUUGUUCUUCCCGUUCUCUUGUCUUGGUUUGGACCCGGGUCUUGUUCCAGAAAGAAACCUGAGAUGUCGGAGGUCGAGAAGACAUUCCCCCAUCCGUACUGCAUACCUCACCCAUCGUUACACCCACUGUCCCAGAUCAAUGGGAAUGGAAAACACUUUGGUGUUCCACUCCACGGGUUGGCAGAUGCACCCAGGAUCGUGAUGUCUACCUACAAUGGUGACACUCGUGGGAAGUUCAUUGUGGAAGGUGAAAAAGACUUGGGGUUGGGAACAUCUGGGGAAGAUUCAAGUGAGUCCAGCUCAUCAAAGUCCCAGAGGCGUCGGCAAGAAGUGGAGGACGAUGAGAUUCAGCGGAGAAGGUACGUGGAAGGGUGGCGGAAGUCUUCUGUACCAAAUUCUGCGCCAAACCGAUCACCCAUGACUUACCACAACGGGGGCUAUAUGAGUGAUGAGGACUCGAGGCCAUGGAGAGGCCAUCCUGCAUCAAACCAGAACAGGCCAAGAGCACAACACUACUCGCCUAGACACAACCGUCCGUACCCGUAGACAAAGUAGCGUUUUUUAGGUGCAAAGACUUGUAUAAUUUUAUGUCAUUGACAUUUCUCAAUCAUUUUGUGGGAUUAUGUGAUUUUAGUUUUAUGACCUAUCUAUUCUUCUGAACCUAUACAUGCCUAAAUGACAAAAUUUAUUUGGGUUUAAGAAAGGUCAUGAUUUUGUUUCUACAGCUGAAAAUAUACUUGACUAAAUGUUGAAUAAAAUAUUUCUUAACAUUAAAAAACAAUAUCAUCAAUAUUGUCAAAUUACAAAUUUUCAGUAUAAACUGUAAAUUAAAUGAAAAAUCAUGAACUGAUUUUAGCACUAAAACUAUCUUGCAUGGUUCCAUUUAUUUAUUUUCAUCUACUUUGUACAUAGUGAAAUAUUUAAGGCAGCAAGUCACACUAUAGAAUUAAAUAUACUGUUAGGUUAUUUUAUUAUUAACUUGUAAGGAUGAUUUUAGAAGUAUUCUAGAAAUUUUAUAUAAUAAGUGACCAAAGUGUAACCAACUAUAAGUUUCAAAUGAGUCAAAGUAAUAAUAUACUUCUGGGAAUAAUUGGGCCUGAUGUUUAAAAUAAAUAGUAUUGAUGAAAAAAUAGUUACUGUAUAUAGUAUUUAGUAUUUAACAACUUUAGGAUUCAUCCAUUCACAAUUUCAGUAUUCUUACCUAGAUUCAGAUUUACUCUCCUUAUCUUUCUUAUAAUUUAUAAGGUUAGUUUAAAAAUGCGUUUGCAAUAACAACCUCUCUGUGAUAAUAUAGUAAACAUUUAGAAUUUAGAUGAUUUACAGAUAUUUCCAUGAAUAAAAUCUUGUGUUAAAUUAAGCUAAACCAUAGCAAUGUUUCUAGGUUAAAUGCCUAGUGCACCAUGUGACACUCUUUAAGUUAAAUAAACAAAAUGAUUCAUAAGCUCCUCAUGUUUCCAAGCAAUGGUUAGCUCCCAAAUAAUGUCUCCGAAAUUUUGUCUACCCGAUGAAUAAAAAUGUACCGUAGUGUGAUAAAACACUGAGCACAACCUCAGUGAAGAUACGAGGUAUAGCAAAACCAUUGACAAAUAAAGAUCAGGAUAUAUUGCUCAACUAUUUCUUGUACAUAUGUGCUUUGAGUCUGUAAGUAAAUAGAGAUUUGUGUGUUUUUUACUGAUAAACAUUGUUAUAUAUAAAUAAAUAAUUAUAUUUCCCUGUA